AUGUUUAAAAAAUCGUUGCAAACGUUGGUGAAAAGGACAAUAAAUGUGAUCAACUAUUCAAGUAACUGUCCAGAUGUAAAAAAAGGUCUUGUGUUAGGCGUAUAUCGGGGAUGUAACCCUGGUGAAGUACUCAUGUCAGAUCAAGCACAAGCAUUUAACUUAAUGGUUAAAAAUAAAGCUAAAGAUUUUCUUCUAACUUCUAAUAUUGCUCAACAAGGAGCAGUGGUAGCACAUGAUUUACAUCCCGAUUAUUUCGCUGUAGCAUUCGCUGACAUUGGACCAACGGAUGCUAAAUACAAUAAACAAGAAAAUCUUCAAGACUGCUUGGAAUGGACAAGAAUAGGAGCAGGACUAGGUGCACGUGCUUUGCAAAGUUAUGGCGUCGAAGAAAUAUAUGUUGAAAACAUGUCUCAUGCUGAAGCAGCAGCUACUGGAUCGGUAAUAGGAACAUGGGAUUUUAAUGAGUAUAAAAAUAUUGAAGAUCCAAUUAAAACUACAAUAUUACCAUAUGAAGUUAAAGACCAGGAUAUAUGGAAGAUGGGAAUAAUAACAGGUGAAGCAACAAAUCUAGCUCGCUAUAUUGCUCAUUUACCUCCCAAUGUUGGAACUCCUGAGAUCAUAUCUGGAUUCGCAAUGGAUGUAUUGUGCAAAUGCAAUAUAAAUGUUGAAGUCAGAGAUGUUGAGUGGAUUGAAGAUAAAAAACUUAACUCUUUUUUAAAUGUAGCUAAAGGAUCGCGACGCACUCCAAUGAUGUUAGAAUUAUCUUAUUGUGGGGGAGUUCCCGAUGCCAAGCCAACUGUUCUAAUUGGAGACGGUUGUACUUAUGAUUCAUGGGGCCUAUGUCUUCGUGAUAAUAAACAUCCAGAGUUUGGUAUGUUUGGAAAAGCUGGUGCUGCAUCAGUUAUCGGUAUUAUGAAAGGCAUAUCGCAAUUAUCUUUACCUCUAAACGUCAACGCCCUUAUUCCACUUUAUGAAAAUAAACCUGGUGGUAUGGCCCUGAAACCGGGGUCAGUAAUAAAAACAUUUGAUGGGAACACUACUGAAGUUCAUAAUACUAAUAGAACAUCUAGACUUGUACUAAGUGACCUUAUUGGCUACAGUCAAAACCUUGCACCUAAUAUGGUUAUUAAUAUGUCGGCCUUGUCUAUUGAUACUUUAAAAUACUUUAAUAGUGGAGCCAUUUACAGUUACACGACAGAUGACAAAAUUUUCGACAACUUAGAAUCCGCCUCUUCAGCUACUGGAGAUAGAGUUCUAAGAGGACCUCUUUGGGAUGUGUAUAAAGCAAAAACACUUUGGCCAUCACUUGCAGAUACACGAGUCGUACCUCAUCAAGCGACUGGAGAUUCUAUGGCUGCAGCAAUGUUUCUAGAGAAAUUCAAACCAAAAGGAUCGAGUAUGGUUACUUUAGAUAUAGCAGGUUCUUCAUUUUUACAAAGCCCAAAACCGGAUCAUUAUUUAAGACCGGAAAGAAUGACUGGAAGUCCGGUUCGCACUGUACUACAAUUCCUAAAACAAAUCGUAUGUCCUCAUGAUGCAAAGCCAUCAUGCUAAUUUUUUUAAUAGUAAUCCUAAAAAUUUAACUAAAAAAUGUUUCAUAAUAUAUUUUAUUGAACAUACAAAAUAAUAAAUUAUAGAUUAAAUUUCAUACAAAUUAUAUAAUUAACAAGCGUUUAAAAUUAAUUUGAGGUUUUGUAGAAAUAAUGUCUGAAAUUAUAAAAAAAAAAUGUAAAAAUUCCUAUA